CGUAGGGCGCCGCAUUUAUUGCACAGCACUGUCCUCGCACCCCGAGGAGCAGGCAGUGGCAGAGUUCAGUGCGCCAUGAAGAGCUCAGGGAGGUCUUGCAGCCUUCUGCUGCUGACGAUGGCCGCCGUCUCGAGCGGCCGCAACGCUAGAGAUUACUUCGAGAAGUCAGGAUUCCAGUAUUUCCCUUCUAGGCCCGAGGACGCCCUAGUCUUUUUCAUAGUGAAUGUUCCACCCCUCAUUUGUGAGUCGAAGAAUGGCGAAUGUGACAGCAGAGGCCACUCGACCUUUUGUGUCAAUCUACCGCGCGGAUACUCGCCCUACACAUGCUGGUUCGAAGGAAACGCAACGGUAGAUACCAAUUUGAAACUGAUAAGAGACAGUCUUCCUUACCUUUUCACUUUCAUAACCGGAUGGUUAAGCAUUUUUACUCACACUGAAAUGUACUGCACAACCAGUUCACAGUUACCAGACGAAUAUUUCCAACUGAGAGUACAGCGCCCUAAUGAGAAUCGUCCAGUGAAAUGUCGUUUUCUUCAUGACAAUGGAAGGUUGUAUCUCAGAUUUCCAGGAUACCCCACCAUUGUUUGCCAAACUGGUACUAAAGCAGGGCGCUUUGAUUUUAAGCUGCCCAGUAUUGAUGACCCAUUCAAAUGCUCGUUCCGGGUGUAUUCAGAGUUGCUUCUAGGGGACACACGCACAGAGGAACGCCUCUAUCAGUCUCUGAUUAGCGGGCUCCCCAGGCGCAUGUAUGGAAAUCCCCCACGUGUCGUGUGUUCCCACCAAGCAACCUCGAAACAGACGGCGCACUUUCAGCUAGUGUUGCAGAGUGGCUCCACUUACGACUGCAGUUUCCCCGACGCUGUUCCUCGGUAUCUGCCACAACCAGAGAACACGCCACGAGACUAACAGCGUAUCUCCGUCAGCGAAACGAAAGAUUCUUUACGACAACAAAGCUGGAACACUAGCGAAAACAUUCAUUCAGUGUUCUUGACCGAGUCGUGUACACACGUGUUUCUUAACGAAGACCCACAAGAAAAUGUCACAAACGGACCAAUCUGCUGCAGUGUCCGACGCCGUACCAUCCCGCUGAAGCCAGGCCUCGUUGUGGAAUACUGUUCCAUGCAGGUGCAACAAAAUACUGUAACAUCUCAACAUAUCGAUCCGAAGUGACAGUUAGUGUGAUCCGAUCUUCAUUUUCGAAAAGUAAGUAAGUUUCGUUAAGGGGGUGUGAAGAAACUGCACACCAUAUUGUCGUCUUAUUGGGGUGUUCAAAUGUGUGUGAAAUCUUAUGGGACUUAAGUGCUAAGGUCAUCAGUCCCUAACCUGAAUUAUACUAAGGGCGCCGGCCGCGGUGGCCGAGCGGUUCUAGGCGCUUCAGUCCGGAACCGCGCGAUUGCUACGGUCGCAGGUUCGAAUCCUGC